CGCUCCCCUGUGAUUGGAGGGAGCUGUUUUAAUUGCUUCUCUUAUUAAUAAGUCCAGUCAUGAGGUGUGAAUGGAGGAUAAAACUUUCUGUGGACAGAUGUUCAGACUAAAGACAGGAUCACAGAUUAAACCUGGUUCCUGGUGGAUAUAUUCUGGAUGAAUGACUGAGAACCUUCACAACACAGUCCAUGACUAAAUAUUCUCAGCUGGCUGCGAAGAAAAGUGACACGUCCAGACUAAAAGAAGCAUUUAUCCGUGUAAAUAAAUAAACUUCCUCAACUGGGUGGAUUUCAUAUAUAUGAAUAUUCGUCAGUCCGCCUUUCUAAAAGAUAUGGGCGCUCCCGCGGCCAAGGACGCGCCUCCUAACGGGAACUUCCCUCGGUCUAAACUCUGUCUCCGUUAUCCCGCUCACAUACAGGAAUACCUACCAGGAAUACUUGGCUGUAACUAACAGAAACCAGUGAACAGAUUUCAGCCGAGCGCCUGAAGACAGAAACAAUGAUGACUGAGGAGAUCCUGGUUGAAACGCUGGAUGAGCUGAGUCCUGAGGACUUUGAUCAGUUCAAGUUGCUCCUUCACACAGAAGGUUUAUCAUUCAUCACAUCGGAGCGACUGAAAGAAGCAAACACAGAGGAUGUAGUGAAGCUGUUGUUGGAGUUGAACAGAAAAGACUGUGUGGAGGAGACCAGGAAGGUUUUAUUGAAGAUGGAGAGGACUGAUCUGGUGCCGAGGUUGUCAAAGAUCGACUCAAGAGCCAAAGAGCAACAGCAGAUUCCACUGAGCCACAGAGUGGAGUUGAUGGUGUCUGUUACAGAGCUGCUCCUGGAAACACUGGCUGAUCUGACUGACAUCCAGCUCAGAGACUUUCAUCAUCACCUGAGUGUAAUUCAUCGUCUUAGAUAUGACUACAGGUUCUCAUUGAUGCAGCAUUAUACAGACCUACAGGACACAGUGUUUACUUUGGUUCAGAGUUUUGGUCAACAGUCUGUGGAGGUGACCAUGGAGGUUUUACAGAAGAUGGAGAUGAAUGAUCUGAUGAAGAGGCUGAUAGACAGCAGCUCAGGACCCACAAAGAUACUCCUGGAUGAACAUGCUGCUCAGAUCCACAAAGAGGCAACACUGGCAGCCAUCAGAGAACUGCUUCUGGAAACACUGAAGGAUUUGAGUGAACAGGAGCUCAGUAAAGUUCAGUGGCUGCUACAGUACACCUGCUUCCAGAAAAACCUUCCACAAAUCCCACUCAGAGAAUCAGUGACUGGAGACUCAGCAGCUGUAGUGGAUCAGAUGAUGAGAACAUGUGGCCAACAGUCUUUGGAGGUGAUCAUGGAGGUCCUCAUGGACAUGAACAGGACUGAUCUGGUGCAGAGACUGUCAGAGACCAGCUCUGGACCCAAAGGUAUGAAAGAGAAUAUUGAUGCAACAAUAAUCUGA